AUGUCUACGGAAGAGCAACGACACGGGCCACAAUCGGUGCGGGGGCCCCGCAUCAACAAGGGCCUGGUAAUCGUCAACACGGGUAACGGCAAGGGCAAAACCACCGCGGCCAUGGGUGUGCUGAUGCGGGCCUGGGGUCGGGACAUGAAGGUGGUGAUGCUGCAGUUCAUCAAGCACACCACGGCCAACUUUGGCGAACAGCGCGCCGCCGAAAAGAUGGGCGUAACCGUGCGGGCCAUGGGCGACGGGUUCACGUGGCGCUCGCAGAACCUGGAGGCCAGCGCCGACUUGGCCCGUGCGCUUUGGGAAGACGCCAAGGAAGUCAUCGCCAGCGGGGAACACGACUUGUGGUGA